CUCUCAGCCCCACAGACCGCGAGACAUGUGGCUGAGACUUUCUGAAUGCUACGCUCCGUUUUUAGCCAAAACAAUCACCGAAUAGUGCUAUUCGUCAGCAUUUCAUUGCAGGUGCUUGGAAAACCAGUUUACCAGGUGCACGUCAGCUUCAGCAACACUUAAAGUGAUCAGGUGAGCCCGGGGCAGACAUGACUGGAGCUGGAAGUGGAGGCCAGGGCCCGCCUGAUGGGGGGGACGCUGAGGAGGCGGAGAGGUGUCCUAUCUGCCUCUGCGUCCUGGCUGGAGGCGAGCUCGCCGUGCCCGACAGCUGCUGCCACGUCUUCUGCCUCAGAUGUCUCCUCACAUGGGCAGAGUUGCAGAUGUCUCCGUCCUGCCCGGUGGACAGAAGACCUUUCACUAAUGUUUACAGAUGGGACGGGAAUCUCAGCUGUGUGCAGGUUCCUGUAAGGAAACGUGCGACUCAACCCGAAGCUGAGCGUUGCUACUGUAGAAACCCAGAACAGAAAGUCUGUCUCAAAAGUAAGGCUGCAAGAAGACUGAGACGGCAAAAGGUGGAGAGGACGGCUGACGCUAAAACGAAAGGUCUUGUUAGGAAAUGUAACGACGAUGGCCACUCCUCACUGAGCAGAAAAAAGGUGAGAGGAACAGAGUGCUGCGCUUGGUCAUCGUCUCCAUGUGUCUCAAUAACAACUACAUCCACGGAGCACAUGGCAGAGCCUGUGUGGGAGGACGUCCCGUAUGACAGCGUAAUGACACAGUGUAAAGCUCAGGCGCAGGACUGUCCGUGGCUCUCUGCUGCGGCGCCCAUCCCUGCUAACGGCCCCUUCAGGCAAAGCUUCCAUCCAUCCGGUUGGAACCAGAGCCCGUUUCCAUCUCCCUUUUCCUCCCCGUCACCUUGCGGUCCCGGUCAUUUUGUGUUUCAGGGUGUUGUCUGCGCCAUCACGUGUCCCAAAGGAGGCGAGAAGAGAGGCGGGCGAGCUUCAACCUCCAAAGCUCCCACCAAAGAGGCCAAGUCUCUACCAUCCCGGCGGUCCGGACGCAACAGUAAGAGCCAGGAAGAGGCUCCUGUGUCUGACCCUUCAUCACCGCCGCAGCCCUCUUCGUCUGACUCUGACUCGGCCCCCUCACAGCCCACCAAGCCGGGCAAGGCAUCGCAGACACCGGCCAAGAGGAAGGGAAAACAGGUCACAAACCGGAAGGCCGGAGGGAAAAGAAAAGCCGCGCCAAGGAAAAAGAAAUCUGCCCAAGUCGUGAGCAGUCCCACGGCAAGUGAAGACGAGGAAGAGGAGGAGGCAGAUGGGUGCGACAACGCCGAGAAGGAGGAAGAAGAGAAAAAAAACUUGGAUCAGCAACAGUCUGACGCUGAGGGGAGUCUAAAUGAAGACCACGACACUAUCGACUCCCCUAAUGAGCGAGGAGGCGCUGAACCCUCCGGGAACGACGUGGGGCUGGACAGUGACGAGACUCAGGAAGAGUCUAAUGAACAGAAACCAGACUCAGCUCCAUACAGCCCCGGUUCCUGCUCCGAGGGCGAACAGAGCAAGAGGGAGGAGGAAGAGCCAGCAAGCCCCGCGUCCUCUGGAGGAGACAUCUGUGACAAAAGUCCUCCACCGUCACCCUCUGACUCGGAGAAAAGUCCUCCACCGUCACCCUCUGACUCGGAGAAAAGGCGCUCACCGUCACCCUCUGAAUCAGAGAAAAGGCGCUCACCGUCACCCUCUGAAUCAGAGAAAAGGCGUUCACCAUCACCCUCUGGCUCAGAGAAAAGGACUUCUCCAUCACCCUCUGACAACGCUCUGCUGGGCGACCUGAUGUCCCCGCACGGUGAUGACCAGGAUGACGACAUGGAGAUUUGUGCGGCCUCAGUAGAAGCCAACAAUGAAGGUUCUUCAAAGGAGGCUGAAUCAUGUGAGAAUUCUCCACAACCGGCCUCCGACUCGCAGAACAAUCCAGAUGUUCCAGAAUCAAAAGCCUCUGACGAAAAUGAUUUGAAAGCAUCGGGGUCAGAAGAGCCUUUAGUAGACGACAGCUCAAGGAAGGGAACCGAGGAUGACACUAAGGUUGUGCCCAUGGACUGCAGUUCCCCCACGAUGGAACAUAGCAACAGUCCGAAGGAGGGGGACGCCUCAGCCGCGGCAGAGACUCCUGCUUCUGAAAGCCAAGUCGCCAAGGACAAGAGUGGCAAGGACCAACGGGAAAAGAGCCGGGAGAGGGAAAGGAGCCGGGGGAGAGAAAGGAGCAAGGAUAGAGAAAGGAGCAAGGAUAGAGAAAGGAGCAAGGAUAGAGAAAGAAGCCAGGAGAAGAAAAAUGGCAAGCAGCGGCGCUCUCGUUUCCACUCCCCAUCCAAGGCCUGGUCACCAAAGAAGGAAUCAAAACGAGAAGGGUCCAGGCGAUCGCGCUCCCGCUCCAGAGAGCGAGACGGCAGCCCGCCCUCUAGCCGCUCGUCCCGGGCCCGCAGCAGAGAAAGAGACCGAGACCGGGACGGUGAGAGAGACCGAGACCGGGACGGUGAGAGAGACCGAGACCGGGACGGUGAGAGAGACCGAGACCGGGACGGUGAGAGAGACCGAGACCGUGACGGUGAGAGAGACCGUGACGGUGAGAGAGACAGAGACCGGGACGGUGAGAGAGACCAGUCUCGGAGGGAGCGCAGCCGUGAGAGGAGGAGGCGGCGCUCCAAGAGUCGAUCCAGGUCAAGCUCUCAGUCCAGAUCACGAUCCUACAGACGAGGGGCCAGCCCCGAGCGGCCGGCCUCCAGAGAGCAGUCUCCCCAGAGGAGGGAGCGUAGGGGCGGCUGGAGGUCAGGGCAGGGCAACGGGUCCGGGGGCGAGGGACGGAGAAAUCAGAGCGACGCUGGGCAGCCUGAAAAUGGCGUGCCGGCGGAAAGUUCCCCUGAGCGCAAACAGUGGUCGGAAAAUCCUGACUGGGUUACAGAAAAGAGUCGGAGUGACGCCGAAAGCAAGAGUGGGGGCUCACGCUGGGAGGACCGUGGUGGGAACAGAGGGUCCCGGGGCGCAGGCCGGGGGGGAGGCAACCGCAGCUUCAACAAUUCAGGGACUGACGCAUACAGCCGCUUCAACGAAAACCGGGGCGGUGGCCGGAGGAAAGAGUCCGAUUCAGGAGACUCGAUGCUCGACCGCUCAGGCUGGUCGUCGGCGUCCAGCUGGGCGGUCAGAAGGAAACUACCCGCAGACGUUCAGGAUUAUUACUCCAAGAGGGAGAGGGGAGGACCAGGAGGCUGGAACCGACAGGAGGAGGAGCAGCCGGGGGCAGCAGCAGAUGCGACUAAAAGCGAUCCUCCCUCCCAGGCGGUCCCGGGUAACGCCCCGGGGCCCGUGAUGAACGCGGGUCCUCCUCAGCUCAACGUCCUGCAGCAUCACUUCCCCCAGCAGGGCCAGAGGGGGGCGCUGCCCGUCAGCCUGCAGCCUGCAGCAGGGUACACCAUGCCUCCUCAGUACCCCGCCGUACCGCUGCUUCAGGGCCCCUCUGCCGGCGGUCAAGGCCUCCCCCCUCCUCCCCCACCUCCUCCACCCAUGCAUCAAGGCAGCCAGGGUGCAGCAGCUCAUCCCGAUGGCUACAACACACAGAUGGCAAGUACAAUGGGUUAUGGGAAACCUGGCCUACUUCCCACCCCAACCAAAGCUGGUGUUUCCUUAGCGACCUACUGCCAGUCGGCACCCAGCCAGGUGUAUCCCUCCUCCACCACUUACACCGGCCAGCACAGCAAGGCUCAUGCUGACAGCUCCAAAAAAGAGAAGAUCCAGGAAAGAGCUGUCAAUGAAGUGAAAAACGCCAUCAAACCGUAUUACCAAAAGAAUGAAAUCAACAAGGAUGAGUACAAGGAGAUCGUCCGUAAAGCGGUAGAGAAGGUGUGCCACAGCAAGAGUGGUGAGGUGAACUCCAGUAAGGUGGCCAUCCUGGUGAAGGCCUACGUGGACAAAUACAAGCACGCCCGCAAGAAAUGAGGGUGGUCCCGCUGCGGCGCGCAGACGUCCUCACAGACACUCAGCUGCUCAAGUGCAAUUUCCUCUGGCUGGAAUUGGGUCUCCAAACUGAAAGACAACGGAGAGCCGACCUUUUCUUUUUUGAUAUCUCUACCUUUUAUUGAACGAUGAAGAUUUUUUUCUAUAGAUUUUGAUAUUUUGUUAGAAAAAGAAUUACCCAAUCAGAAAUUGUACUGCAAGAGCCCUUUAUUUUGCAUAGAUCAUGUGACUGGGGAACUACUGUAAAGAGCGCAGGGUAGCAUGGAGGAGGGGGGGGG